GUCUACACGGAUGCUUCGUGCGUAGAGAGGUACGGCUCGGGAAUCGGAAUAUUUGUCGAGGACGGUCAUCCACUGAACAAAUCUAAAACCUAUAUUGGACGUGAGCAUACCAGCGCUUUUGCAGAAAUCCUCGCUGUUAAGGUAGCGCUGAGAUCUGUACUCCGCUGGGAAUACUUCAGAGGCGAGAAAGUUAUACUGCGUACAGAUUUUUUAUCACUAGUAGAUGCAAUGCGAUCCAAUCGCCACAGUGGACGAUUCUACGAAGAUUAUGAGGAACUGAAAGCAUUAGCUCAUAUUUUCCCGCACGGUGUACAGUUCGAACAUGUUUUCGGCCAUGAAGGCGAAUAUGGCAAUGAACAGAGGCUCGAAUACAGUUCGGUGAAAAGUAAAUACAGUUCUUACAACUGUAAAGUUCAAGCUUUAGGCGAGAAAGUUAUACUGCGUACAGAUUUUUUAUCACUAGUAGAUGCUAUGCGAUCCAAUCGCCACAGUGGACGAUUCUACGAAGAUUAUGAGGAACUGAAAGCAUUAGCUCAUAUUUUCCCGCACGGUGUACAGUUCGAACAUGUUUUCGGCCAUGAAGGCGAAUAUGGCAAUGAACAGGUAACAUAA